AAUAGUUGUACUGAUCUUGAGUUCUUGUUUCCUUCAGAAGGACUGAAUGAAAUCCGUCCAUCCGUCUACAGAGUCGCCAUGAAGCUUCAGUCUCUGCAGAAACUCUGUCACCUGCACGUCGUGUCUCUUCGACACAUCGUGGCGGCCUUACGUGCGGUGGGCGGAGCUACGCUGCAGCAGGACGUGGGGCUGAACAGGCAGGAAGUGACCCGGACUCUGAACAGGAUGUUCCAUAGCGCAUCACAGGAAGUGUCGGACUCAGGCUGGUUCUGUUUCAGCUGCUUCUCUUCAACGGCUCUGAUCGCGCUGUCUGCUGAAACUCUGCUGGACAAAUACAGAGCUCUGGUGAGUGUUGCAGCAAACUGCUCUGGAUCAGUCAGCAGGUCUGGACUCAGAUCUUUACUGCAGGACCUCAGCCAGGUUCCUGCGGCGGUGCAGGAGGAAGGUGUUUUUAGCGGCGUGGAGGCGGCGGUGGGGUCAUGUUUUACCGGGGUUAUGACCCCGAUGGCAAGCAAAGAACACGUGUUGUCAUGGCUGAAGAGCGAGCCACGUCUGUUGCUAUGGUUACCCACUUUGCAUCGCCUGGCCGUUAGUCAGAAAGUCAAUCACGCCGUCCGCUGCCAUACCUGCAAGACGGUCCCCAUCACCGGACUCAGGUAUCGAUGUAUGAAAUGUGUGAACGUCCACCUGUGUCAGACCUGCUUCCUGACAGACAGACAGACGAGGAAACACAAAGCUCAACAUCCAGUGCUCGAGUUCUGCACACAGCCCACCUGGAAGGAGUCUCUCUCCUCAUUAGUGCACAGUGCUCGGAACAACCUGUUGCCGCGGCGAUUCACUCAGAGAGAGGCUGACAAGACGAGGAUCCUGAUGUGGGCGGAGUCAGGAGAGACUCCUAACAGAGACGUUUCCCAUGAUGCCCUGGUGCAACCUCCUCGCCGCUCAUUUUCAUCCAAAGCUCUGCAGACUGACGAGGAGACGCCGACUCACCAGAACAUUCAGGACCACCUGUGGAGACUGCACCAGAAGCUGGGAACAGGUGAGGGCUCAUCCAGCGGCUCAGUCUCUGCAGGUCAGGAGGUCCUGGCUCACCGCUUUGAUCCAGAACUCAUGGAUCAAAGAGAACAUUUCUCAACACAAGACUGCAGAGACUUCGGGUCCCUCAAAGCGGCAGAUCUGCUCACAGAAGUCAGAAACCUGCAAAGGGACAAAUGGCUGCUGGAGGAGCAGCUGCAGGCGUGGCGGCUCGCCGUCCAAUCAGAGCAGGGCAUCCUGGAGGACAGAUGCUCUGAGAUGGAGGUCACCAUGGACAAGCUGAGAGAGCACAACCUGAGUCUGCAGGGCGUGCUCACACAGGCUCUGAACAGGAUGGAGGCUCAACAACACGCCAACAACACGCCACGAGGCGUCGACUCGGAGACAAACACAGACGAGGAGGAAGAAGAAGUGCUGAUGAAUGUUCAGAUGGAGGCUCAACAACACGCCAACAACGCGCCACAAAGCGUAGAGGAAGACGAGGAGGAAGAAGUGCUGCUGAAGACAGAGGAUGAGUGGAGUGAGGACAAAGAAAAAACUCCAUCUCCCACAAUGCAUCUGGACACACCUGUGUCAUAUGACACCCACUGUGAAGAGGAGGACGCUGCAGGUGACAGGUUUCUCCGUCAUCCAGUAGGAAAACAGGAUGAACCAGAGGAGGCAGAGCCACAGGAAGAGAACACCUGUCUGUCUGAAGAAGAAGAGAAGCAUUAUGGGACGUGUAGUCCAGAGGAGCUGCUGCAGGAGACUGUUGAGAGACUGAAACUUGUGAUGGAGACAGACAGGUGGAGAGAGAGACAGACAGGUGAGAGGAAGAGGGCGGAGCUUCUGGAGGCUGCGGGCCAGGUGGGAGACUCAAUACACCACCUGGUGGACGCUGUGAGAACAAACACAUGACUAGGUGACUCAGGUUAUAAAAGUUGUUUAUUCAACGUAUCAAUAUUUAAAGUUAUAAAACGUUGUGACACCAACAACGCGACAUAUCAACACCAGUACCUGAAGAAACAGCACCUCACCUGUCGGACACAAGCUGCAGGUGUGUUUAGUGUUUAGAAAGACGCCAACAUUAGAAUAAAAUCACAUCAGUUCCAACUUUCAGCUUCCAUUUGUGUGCACACGUUGUUUAAUUAGCAUGAUUCUUAACUACAUUUUCAUUUUCAUACCAAAUUAAAAUUUCGAGUUCACGUUUUAUUUCAAUGAGAUGAGAUUUCAUGUGUAACAAAAUGUUUUUCUUUUCAUGCUGCAGGACAAACAUUUAAUGAUUUAUAUUUUCAUGAUUUCUGACUAAAAUAAAAGCUUCAGUCCUGCAAUGAGUUUUAUUUCCAUCAUGGAUGAAAAACUGAAAAUAAAACCCUGUUUGUU